AUGCCUGACCGUCCCUUGACAAUCGCAACAUAUGCCGCCGGAGCGUCACUAGCAGCAAUCACACUGGUAUACGUCUUCGGACCGACCUUCUUCUUCGACGACGAUGCCGCCAACUCGUCAAAGUCAUCCCGGAAGAAGGGAGUCGUAGGACUGGUCAACCCAGCAAACGAUUGCUUCAUCAAUAGCGUCUUGCAGGCGCUCGCUGGGUUGCCGGACCUUCGAGCGUAUCUCAUAAGAGAGGUGCACCGGCGCAAGCUAGAUGGCCAGGAACUUUACAGCGAUUUGUCAACAGCGGCCGAGGAGAGGAGGAAGAGCGCGAGCAGCAAGCAAGCUCCAGAGUGGAAGACGCUUGGACUGCAGCAGGGCCUGGUCACACUCGGAUUGAAAGAGGUUCUGGAUGCGUUGAACGAGAGACCGCUCCACAAGAAGACAAUCUCGGCACAAGGCUUCAUCCGCUGUGUGGAGACGGCGUUCAAAACCAGGAUCAGCAGGACCCAGCAGGAUGCGCAGGAGUUCCUUCAGGUCAUAGUCGAGAGGCUUGCGGAGGAGUACUAUGCCGGGAGGAGAGUGCGAAAGAGGGCGAGGGAAAGGGGAAUCGGGCGUGUCGUGAGGACUGGGCCGGGAGACUUGCACGAAAGUAGUGAAGGUCAAGCACACGAUCGGCCGAGGGACAGCAAAGUCAUGUCAUUACAUUCUGAACCAGAAGAAUCAACGGCCCCCGAGCAAGCCGUGGGAGAUGAAGGAGACCCCGAAAAGCACGAGAAUGUCUUCCCACUUGAAGGCAAGCUGGAGUCGCAAGUCCAAUGCUUCCAUUGCAAUUUCAAGCCGAAGCCGUCAGUUUCAUCAUUUUUGUCUCUCACGCUCAAUGUGCCCCACGACACAACAUCAAGCACGCUGAACCAAUGCCUCGACCAACUGCUGAAGAUAGAGCACAUCGAAGACUUCAAGUGCGAUAGAUGUCGCUUGGAACAUGCACUGCAAGUGAAUUCUCGACAAAUGUCCCAGGCACGAUCGAAAGAGGAACGAGCAGCGCUAGAGUCCGAUCGCGUGAAGAUUGAACAUGCUUUGAAAGAAGAUCCGGAGGAGCCUCCCAAAGACGUGAAGCUCCCCGACAUCUCAACAGCACCUAGGAGGAAGAUAUCUCGAUAUACCCGCAUCUCAUCCUUUCCGCAGGUCUUGGCAAUCCACCUUAGUCGCUCGGUCUGGGACGGGUCGUCGUCCUCAUUCAAGAAUACUGCAAAGGUCUCCUUUCCUGAGACGUUACCACUCGGCGGGCUUCUCGACAGGAAAACGUAUCGCCUGCUUGGUGUAGUCACGCAUAAGGGCGGCCACAAUAGUGGGCACUAUGAGUCCCUCCGUCGUCAAGUCCUCAAUCCGCCGUUCUCGACACCCACCUCGCUUGGUACGGAGGGCGUAUACAGCAUCAAGAACACACCUACGCCGAGCCCGAGGAUGAGCGCUGUGCCAAGCCCGCAGCUCUCUGCAAUCAAGGAACAAGAAAGAAUGGACGAUGGCGGAAGCAGUCCUAGUCUAUCCACGGACUCUACACAUAUCUUGAGCACCCCGACAUCUGCCACUCCGUCGAUGUCAUCUGGGUCAUCGACACUGCAGCCUCCUUCGUCAGCAAGCCCGCUCGACAGACGGAAACAUCAACCUCCCAUCGAAUCCGUUCCCGCACCGGGACUACCGACACCCCCGCAUUCCGCCAGCAACAGCCCCCAUGCAGAGAAGCCGAGAAGGCAAAGCUCGCUUUCUGGUCUGAGAAGUCGGCAUGGCUCGAGGCGCAAACAUGCAGUCAAUGAUCGCUGGUGGCGGAUAUCAGAUGACAAGGUCAAGGAGAGUAAGACAAGCGAUGUUAUGGGUAUGCAAAAGGAAGUGUACAUGUUAUUCUACGAGAUGCUGCCCGGGGAAACAUCGUCCUGA